GACGUAAGUGGAUAGUACGUGUGUGGGCACGGCGCGAGUUUCAAACAGCCCGGAAGUAGGUUUUCGCCGCGAUGAGGUUUCCUGGCAGGUGUCAGUGUUACUAGAACCGCCGUGCUGGUGCUGAGAGGCGACGUGAGCGGCGGACGAAGAAAUAAAAAAUGAACUCCAGAAACAAGCUUGGCAUAAGAUCGGCCGUCUUGAAAUCGGACAAUGAAUUGGAAAAACUCAAGAAAGAAAAUGCAGCCUUGAAAAAGAAAUUGGAGGAGUCCUCCAAAUCAAAGAUGUCGGAGGCGGAAAGGAACAGACUGCUGGAGACUAUUCUUGACUUGGAGACGCAGAAGGUGAGAAAUGGCCAGGAUCUGACCAGACAAGGCGAAGUUAUACAGAAUUGUACAGAUGCUCUAAAUGCUAAAAAUAAUUCCCAGGCUCUAGCUGUAGACAUGGCAGCCAGAAAACUGGAGAAAAUGUCCAAAGAUAUUCGGAAACAGCUGCCAGAAGUUCCAGGUCGCAAUGUUGAAUCUGCAGCCAGAGUACAAUACAGUGUCCAGGAUCCUCGGAAAGAAGCUGCCAGUAAUGCCUGUGUCCUGGAGGCUCAGUUAAAAGAUGCUCUGGAGAAGAACCAGCAGUGGUUGGUGUAUGAUCAGCAACGUGAGGCUUAUGUGCAGGGAUUAAUGGCUCGCAUCUUUGAUCUGGAGAAGCAAGUUACCAAUGCAAAACAAACUGAAGAAAAAGCAAAAGACAGUAACUCUGAUGUCAUUUCAGCUACAGAAGAGAAACAAAAAUAUUACGAUCGGCUACUACUCACGGCCAAAAAAGAUCUUGAAGGAGAACGGCAGAUCACAGGCCAGCUAAAUUCUGAGCUUUCGGCCAUGAGAAUGAAAUACGAGGAUAAGAAGAGAGAGGUUGGAGAUUUGUCCACAGCCCUGAAAUCCCUGCGAGAAACAGAACGCCAGAGGCGAGAUGAUGACAGGAAGCUUUAUAAAGAAAAAAUGCAAAAACUAAAGAAUGAACUUGAUGUUUAUCGAGAGAAGCUGGAAGAAGAAAAGGUGAAAAACGCAGAGCUUUUAAAUCAGGUUGAGUUGAUUCAGAAGUCAAUAUUGAGGCAAAAUGAGGAUCAAAAGAGGGUGGCUGCAUUGGAAGAGCAGAUCCAAAGGUGCACAUCCGACUUAGAAAAUGAGAAGAUUGACAGACAUAGCGUACAGCAUCAACUUUAUAAAGUGCUGAAAGAGCUGCGCAAGACUCGAGAACAGAUAACAAAGCUGGAGCCAGUAAAACGUGACAUUUGCUACGUAGACGCAUCCAGCAACUUUGUGUCUGAAUUCAGUGACAAGCUGAAGGUGCGAGAAGAGCAUCAGUCUCCGAGGCACAACAGUCUCUUGGACGAAAGUUUCCUGGAGUGUCCCCGAUGCAGAGCGGUGUACCCUGCCAGCCAGCACCGGGAGCUUCUUGCGCACAUAGACUUCUGCACCAGCUGAUGGAGAACUGCUGUUAUUACUGCUGCCCAGACAGAAGCUACUUCAUCAUGAGAAAGACAAGGAGUAGUCUGCCUCUGUUACACUCCUUAUUUUAUAUUACCUGUACAAAUUGUAUUAUGAUGUACAUUUUUUUUUUAAUGCCUGUAUAAACAAAAGUCUUACACAAA